AAACAGCGGCAGCUCCCUCCCAGGGAGUCAGAGGGACCCGCAGCCCACCCUGCUCUGUGGAAGCACAGCAUAUGUAAAAGUUUACAUUUCUUCCAUACUUCUCUUUUUCCAUCUGAUAUUUUUGUCAAUAUUUUCACUUCCAUCUGAAAAAACAAACUGAAAAGGUUCAAACCGCUUCUUUGGACUUGCAACUAGUGCGUUCAAGCAGCCUCCAACGCUUCUGCGUCCCGUCUGCAUCACCAUGGGGAUCAAAGCUGCUCUUCCCAAGUAUGAGAUCUACUUUUACAACGUCGUGUUGUGUCUGGCCAUGUUCUGGGCGGCCAGCUGGAUCUUUGAAGUGUCCAGUUUGAAUACAAACAGAAAGACAUUCAAAGUCAGUGUGAAACCAGGAUUCUUUGGGAGGAAAAUGGACACAGCUGAUUUUGAAUGGAUGAUGUGGUUUUCCACCUUCAGAGACCACAUCCUGUUUGCACUGUCUGGUCAUGUGCUGUUCGCCAAGAUCGGCACCAUGGCUGCUCCGCAGUACAGGUCCUUGGUGCACAUGGUGUUCGGUAUACUGGCUGUGUGGACCAGCAUGGGCUGGACCUACGUCACUCUCAUCCUGUCCCACUGCAUCCUGCUGUACAGCAUCUCCUUAGUGAAAAUCCGCUGGCUGUGCUUCGUUACUGGCCUCUGCACCCUCGCCACAUUCAAGUGUGAACCCUUCGUGUCCUGGCAGGCUGAUUUUGUGGACGGGGACUUUGAGCUGCGUCAUGUUCUCUUCUAUGGAGGUUGCGGGUUCACAAUCAUGCGAUGCAUGAGCUUCGCUUUGGAAAACUGUGAAAGAAAAGAGGGGAAUUACAACAUCCUUGAACUGCUCAAGUACAACUUCUACCUCCCUUUCUUCUAUUUUGGGCCCAUCAUGACCUUUGAUCAAUUUUAUGCUCAAAUCAACAGAUCGGAUUUGACCAGGAGAGACAGGGAGAUGUGGAAUAUCAGCCUGCAGGGCCUGAUCCACUUGGGAGUCAUCGUUGUCGUGGACGUCCUCUUCCACUUCAUGUACAUCCUCACCAUCCCCUCUGACAUGAAACUGCUGAAAAACCUCUCUGACUGGGCUCUGGUGGGCCUGGCUUACUUCAACCUGGUGUAUGACUGGGUAAAAGCAGCUGUGAUGUUUGGAGUCAUCCACACUAUUUCCAGACUGGAUCACCUGGAUCCACCCAAACCACCAAAAUGCAUCACUCUGCUCUACGUGUUUUCUGAAACGCAUUUUGACAGAGGAAUUAACGACUGGCUCUGCAAGUAUGUUUAUGAUUACCUGGGAAAAAAACAUGACAAUGUGUUGGAGGAGCUGGUGGCUACACUUUGCACCUUCGGCGUCACCAUCAUCUGGUUGGGACCGGGUCAGGCGGUCCUCAUCUGGGCUUUCUUUAAUUGUUUUGGUCUGAACUUUGAGCUGUGGACGGCCAAGUUCUUCCUCAUGGAGCCAUUUGUAUCCUUUGAGAUGGCAAUGUCAGAAGCAAUGUCUCGCCGUAUCAGAGCCAUCUUCAACACUUUCAACUUCUGGACCAUCGUGUUGUACAACGCCGUGGCCUUGAACAGUUUGGACUUCACCAAGAUGGUCGCCAAACGACUGCUUCUCAAAGGGUUCCCGAUAACCACCAUCAUUGUCAUGUUUGUGACCUACUGUCUGGUUCAAGUGAUUAAGGAGCGAGAGAGGAGACAGGCCCUUAUUGAUGACCCGGAUCCACUUCCUCCUCCUGCCCCCGCUCCAAAUGCUGCCCCUUCCCCACCCAUCGCUACAACUACACCUGUUGUUGUACAACCAGUCGCAGACCCCAACAAAGAGAAGGCAGAGUAGAUAUAUGAUCUACCACACUUGUCAUUACUAAAAUGCAGUAACUAAACUGCAAUGAUUGAUUGAAAGCAUCACAUUUUGUGUCUUUAUGGAGAGUUUUUGACCUGUUUUAAAGCAACUCUUUAUAGCAAUACCACUCGUGACAAUAUGGGGGCAUAUAGAGCUGAUACAUUGACAAGAGUCCCACCAGCACGUCUUGUAAAUACCACUUUAUACAUACUGGUGUGUCUUACACAUAACUUUCUUGUGAUAUUCUGCCCCUGUGUGGUCAGAAGUGGUAUUGCUACAUAAAGUGGCUUUAAAUAGAUUAAAUAUACAGGACUUUUCACACCACAGGAGCCUGUGUGGAGUCUUGUUAGAAGGGUUGUGUGAUAUUUCUGUCACUUUAUAUCAGCUGCUUGACUCUGACCAUUGAAAGAUCCCGAACACGGCAAUAUAAACCCUUUAAUUACAUUUACGAUGGAAGAAUUCCUCUUGAUGUGAUUUGCUGGUUUGAUUGGUGUAUCAAAGUGGAAACAUUUUUCAAUAAAAGGUUUUUUGGUUGUG